AUGCUGCUCCGCCGCCUCCUCCACCCCUCCCACCACCUCCGGCGCGGCCUCCAGACCCUGACCACGACCACCAACCCCGCCGCCGCCGCCGCCGCGCCCUCGAUCCCGCAUCCUCUCUCCGCCCCUCUCCCAUUUCGCCGCCUCCCCGCCCGCCUCCUCUCGCCGCGGCUCCUCUCCACCUCUGGCGGCGACGACGACACCAGAAGACCGUGGGCCUUCACGCAGGACUCCGGAGAUCCGGACCCCUUCGCCGAUGUAGACCCCGCCGCCGCCGUCCCCGGCGAAGCGCCGCUAGGGUCGAGCGCCGUCGCCGAGGACCCGUGGUCGAAGGACUUCCGCGCGGAGGACAGCGACAAGGCCGACGUGUUCGAGGAGAUCUACAAGGAUGCGGCCGCGGCAGCGCCUUCCGCGAGGAAGGCGGCCCCGGCCGAGCCGUGGACGUGGGAUUUGGAGGGUGAGAAAGACGAUCCGUUCGCCGCGAGAAAGGAUGCCGCCGCGGCAGCGCGGCCUACCGCGAGAAAGGCGGCCCCGGCCGAGCCGUGGACGUGGGAUAUGGAGGAUGAGAAAGACGAUCCGUUCGCCGCGGCUGUGCUUGAUGUGGGGGUUGAGGGGAUCGCGGAUGAGGGUGCCCAGAUCGAGGAGCUUGUUGAUGGGAAAGAAGAAGAUGCGGAGCGUCAGCGGCAGGAGGACAAGGCGAGGGAGCAGCAGCUGAUGGAAACUCUCAAAGGUCCGGAUCGUGCAUUUGGGGAUCUCAUUUCUGCCUCUGGGAUUACAGAGGAUAUGAUUGACAGUUUGAUCCUCUUGAAGGAUGCCAGGGGAGUACCAGGAUUGCCUCCUCUAAGUGAAAUACAAGAUAGAGCUAUCCAGAAAAUGAAUGCAACAUCAAGCAGGGCUGAAGUAGAACGCCAAAUGCAAGAGGAAAUUGCUAAGGCACGUGUGAGACAAGUUGAUGAGAAAGGAAGGGCUUAUGGUACAGGUAAAAGGAAGUGCAGCAUUGCCCGUGUUUGGAUUCAGCCUGGUGAUGGCAAGUUUGUUGUCAACGACAAGCAGUUUGAUGCUUACUUCCCAAUUCUGGACCAUCGAGCUGAUCUUCUUCGGCCAUUUACUGUGACCAAGACGUUGGGGCUUUGGGAUGUAGCUUGUACUGUGAAAGGUGGUGGUGUUUCAGGUCAAGUUGGAGCUGUGCGCCUAGGGAUCAGCAGAGCCUUACAGAACUGGGAACCAGGACUACGCCCAUAUCUCAAAGCAGCUGGAUAUUUAACCAGAGAUUCGCGUGUGGUCGAAAGGAAGAAGCCUGGAAAGGCAAAGGCAAGGAAGAGCUUCCAAUGGGUCAAGCGUUAA